UCGUCUUUACAUUACUCCCAGUGUGGCAAGCCAGACGGUCGUGUCUAUUGUGUACUUUGAUUUUUAAAAUCACAUAGCUAUUUACCUAGAUACUGAAAUUUAAUUAAAUUUGAACUUCGAUCAGUGACCAAUCAUGGUGAAGGCAAGAAAAUACGUCGUGAAGAACUAUUUCAAAGGAGUUCCCAAGCGGGAAGACUUCGAAGUAGUAGAAUAUGAGUUACCUCCGUUAAAAAAUGGUGAAAUCCUUAUUAAAACAGAGUGGCUCAGUGUGGACCCAUACCAACGUGCGUACAACAUGAUGAAUAAGGUACCUUACGAUCAGUUUGGAUUCCAAGUCGGAGUUGUACAAGAGAGUAAGGACCCAAAGUUCCCUGUUGGCACUAAAGUUGUAACACACAAAGGUUGGUGUGAUUAUACAAUCGCUAAAGAUGGCGUACCAAGUGGGCCCGUUGACCACGUUUACGCCUUACCAGAUUUGAAAGGUCUUUCGCCAUCAUUAGGAGUUGGCGCGGUAGGCAUGCCGGGAGCAACUGCCUAUUUCGGUUUCCUCGAAAUCUGCAAACCAAAAGCCGGUGAAACAGUUGUAGUGACCGGAGCCGCGGGAGCCGUAGGAUCUUUAGUCGGACAAAUCGCCAAGAUCAAGGGUUGCAAAGUAAUUGGUUUUGCGGGUUCGGAUGAUAAAGUGGAAUGGCUAGAAAAGGAACUCGGUUUUGACAAAGCUCUCAAUUAUAAAACUGUAGACAUCGCAAAAGCUCUUAAAGAAGCCGCUCCUAAUGGCGUGGACUGUUACUUUGACAACGUCGGUGGGGAAAUAAGCAGUAUCAUUAUGAACCAAAUGAACAAAUAUGGAAGAGUAGCUGUUUGUGGUAGUAUCAGCUCAUACAAUGAGGAUGUCUCAAAAAUGCCAAAAGCGACUAUUUUACAGCCAGCAUUAGUGUUCCGACAGCUCACAGUGCGUGGAUUCUUAGUCUGGGAAUGGUACAGCAGGUGGCAAGAAGGUUUCUCUCAACUUGUAGACUGGAUCAAGAGUGGACAGUUGAAGACAAGGGAACAUGUAACAGAAGGCUUUGAUAACAUCUUUGAUGCUUUCAUUGGAAUGCUUGCCGGUGAAAAUACAGGAAAAGCCGUGGUGAAGGCUUAAAUAAUGUGUUUAGUAUUGUAUUUAUUGUCCU